AUGAAGAUACAGUUCCAUUUGUCUUCCGUCUCUCAGUCCUGUAGAGUGACCGAGGAGAAGUUAUUUUCAUCUGUGCUGGUUGAUGUGUACACAGCAUUCUGUAUGUGCUUAUUAGCAGAGAGCGAGGAAGAGGAUGACAAUGAAAUGGAAGUUGAAGAUCAGGAUGGUAAAGAAGCCGAAAAGCCAAACAUGAUUAAUUUUGACACCAGUUUGCCAACAUCACACGUGUAUCUAGGUUCUGAUAUGGAAGAGUUUCAUGGGAGAACACUGCACGAUGAUGACAGCUGUCAGGUGAUUCCAGUGUUGCCCCACGUGAUGGUGAUGUUGAUUCCUGGACAGACGUUACCUCUUCAGCUUUUUCACCCUCAAGAGGUUAGCAUGGUGCGGAAUUUAAUUCAGAAAGACAGAACAUUUGCUGUUCUUGCAUACAGUAACGUACGUGAAAGGGAAGCACAUUUUGGAACAACAGCAGAAAUAUAUGCCUACAGAGAAGAGCAGGAAUAUGGAAUUGAAACGGUCAAAGUGAAAGCAAUAGGAAGACAGAGAUUCAAGGUGCUUGAAAUACGAACCCAGUCAGACGGAAUCCAACAGGCUAAAGUACAAAUCCUUCCUGAGCGAGUGCUGCCUUCAACAAUGGCAGCAGUACAGCUGCAGUCUCUCAGCCGACGUCACAUAUUUCCUUCUUCAAAACCCACGGUGUGGCAGGAUCGAGCUUUCCGUCAGUGGUGGCAGAAGUAUCAGAAGAGGAAGUUUUACUGUGCCAGUCUGACGUCUUGGCCUCCCUGGCUUUACUCUCUAUAUGAUGCUGAAACCUUGAUGGAAAGAGUCAAGAGGCAGCUACACGAAUGGGAUGAAAAUCUUAAAGAUGAGUCUCUUCCAACAAACCCGAUAGAUUUUUCUUACAGAGUUGCUGCUUGCCUGCCAAUUGAUGAUGCCUUACGCAUACAGUUGCUUAAAAUAGGUAGUGCUAUUCAGCGACUGCGCUGUGAAUUAGAUAUUAUGAACAAAUGUACAUCUCUUUGUUGUAAGCAAUGCCAAGAUACAGAAAUAACAACCAAGAAUGAAAUAUUCAGUUUAUCCUUAUGUGGACCCAUGGCAGCAUAUGUGAAUCCUCAUGGUUACAUCCAUGAAACCCUUACUGUAUAUAAAGCCUGCAAUUUGAAUCUCAGUGGACGACCAUCAACAGAACACAGCUGGUUUCCUGGGUAUGCCUGGACUAUAGCGCAGUGCAGAAUCUGUGGGAACCAUAUGGGAUGGAAGUUCACAGCUACCAAAAAGGAUAUGUCACCACAGAAAUUCUGGGGAUUGACACGGUCUGCUCUCCUGCCUCGGAUUCCAGAAGCAGAGGACGAGUUGGGCCACGACAGAUCUCCGUUACUCUGCUUGUAAUCCAGUACCCUGCUUUGGAGAUGAACAGGGAGUACUCUGUCUCUUAGAUACAUCUGCUUAGUUCUGCUUUUGAUGCUCACUUAAAAACCAACAAAACAAGAACUCGCAGCCACAUGCCAGGAAAGCUUCGCCUUUGGCGUUCAGUGUGCAUCACGCUACUGUUGUUUCAGACACGCUGAGAACUGAAGGUUGAUCUUAAGAAUGACAGUGGUGGAGAGAAGGUGGCACGAGACACCAGGAAAUCAGUUCAUUUCGACAGACUUGACUCUGAACUUUCUACUUCCUCUGAACUUUCAUUUCAGGAAAUGUUUGCUGCUAUCAGCCUGCAGUGAAAGAAAUAGAGUAUAAUUAUGCAACAUAUGAUGUUAGAUACCAGUAUCUCAUUGCAGGAUAUUUCCCUUACUUAAAAUGUGUUUACGAUGAGAAUUCCUGUUUCUAACUAUGUGGAAUACUUGCAGUUUUAAUCUUGUGAUGUUCAUGAAAUAUUUGCUGAAUAACCAACAAAGAGAGUACAAGGUUGAAGGAUUCUGUGUUGGUGAUGUCAGUAGCAGUGGUGUAACUGGCAGAGCUGACUGCUGGGUGCAGCUAGAACAAGCAUGCCAGAAAAUUCCCUUUGAAAUGAGCUUAUAUAAAGUAUUUGGUCCUUAGAAGUUCUCUGGUGUAUUGAGCAUUUCUGACUUCAGAAGUCUUUUAAAUUCUAAAUUAUUUAUACAGGAUAUACUGAUCAGUUCCAGAACAUAAAACACAUUGUCAUUUACUGUUGUUUACUUUUGAAUGUAAUUUUUGUAUUUUUCAAAAUAAUUUCAGUGGGAGAUCAGCUUACAGGAAUGCAUGUCUAGGAUUCCCUGAAGUACUCCCCAAUAUACCUAACUGGAGAUUUUUCUCUAAUACAUAUUUUGACAA